AUGGAGUUUGAAGAAAUGGAACCCAUAUUUGGGGAAUUGAAAGCAGAGUGGUCAGUUGGAGCUCCCAAAACAGCAGCAUUGAAGCCUUUCCUCUUCCUGGUUGGUGGUCUUCUGAAUUCCCCUGAUGUUCUCCGUAUCUCUGUCACCGAUUUUCACUCCAACACCUGGGAGUCUCGCAAGUCUAAAUCCCAGCUAGAAGACAUGAGGGAUAGCAUUGGAAUUGGAGGAUCGUGGUCGGACUUUGUUGAAUAUGUUAUUGCUUCCCUAAAAUCUGAAGAUGUAAAGCUUGUUAUGGAGGGAGAGUCCAAAUCAGGAGGUGCUGCCAAGGCAAAGUUAGUUGCUCAAAAAGCGAAAGGGAUGCCUCGUAUUAUAAUUACUCUUGCAAAACUUGUUAAUGCUGAUGCAAAUGAGGCUAUGGCAAAUUUGUCCCUGGAGUUGCACGAAGCAUACAAAAAGAUGCAUCUCUCACUCGUAAACGAGGAGAGGCGGUGUUGUCAAUUGACGAAAACUCUAUCAGAUGAGCAGGAAAAGAAUGACACUUUACAAAGACAUAUAGACACAAUGACAUUCUCAAAGAAGCAAAAGUUCCAAAACAGUAUUGAUAAGGCAGGUUUGGAUAAUGGUUCGCUGGUGCAACAAAGUUCUCCAGAUAAGCAAGCAGCUCCGGUGGCUGCCUCAACAAAGGCCACAAAGCGGGUCGUCCCAACGCAUCGCAGGGCAAAAGUAAGGGGGGCGUUUUUGCAGGAAAGUGACGAUGAUGCGUAG